AAACUUGCUUCACUCUUCUCCACUAUUCACAACACUCUUCUUCCAGAACCUUCUUCUCAAUCCCCUCUUUCAAUUCUGCUACCUUCAUUCUUCACAAUGAACCUCACAACAACCACAUCCUGCAUUUUUCAACAUUUUUUACUAAGAAGGAAGCUCCAUCUUACUCUUCUUCUCACAACUUUUCUUUCGUGCAAUUUAUCAAACACUAGUGCUGCAUUCUUGAUGGCUCAAGAAUUGGAUUUGGAGCUUCAGAGAUACACUGAUUCGAAGUAAGGUUCACUCUUCUUAUACCCUCUUGUUGGACUAAGGAAACCAAGAAAAAAGAAAAAGUAGGAAACCAAGAAAGAAGAAGAAGGAGGAGAAGAAGAAGAAGAAGAAGAGAAGGAGCCAAGAAGAAGAGAAGAAGAAGGAGUGAAGAGCAAUCAGAUUCUGCAAUGAUGAAUCCGUGGGAUAUCAGAGACCCGUGGGAUAUGAUAGACUUUGAUGCCGAUGAAGCACGGCAGUUUCAGUUUGAGUUUCCGCCUCUGCCUGAGCCCGUCUGGAAUGGGGACGAAAAAAAGAUUGUUGCCGCCAAUGUAGGUGAUCCCCAGCCCCAGCCGUGUGCCAUGGACGUGAGUGGUAAUGAACCACCUCAGCUGGUUAUUGAUGAGUGUUUGGCCGAAGCAAUGAACAUGACAGAGCAGUAUUGGGAAAGCCCAUUAUCUGGUUAUCAACCACUUCAGUGUCAGCCUCAGUCAUGUGCCAUUGACGUGUGUGGUAAUCAACCACCUCAGCUACCGUCUCCGUCUCAGUCUCAGCCUUGGUCUCGGGCACUUCAGUUUCAGCCUCAGCCAUGUGCCAUUGACGUGUGUGGUAAUCAACCACCUGAACUACCGUCUCAGCCCCAGCCCCAGCCUUGGUCUAGGCCACUUCAGUCUCAGCCUCAACCGUGUGCCAUUGACGUGUCUGGAAAUCAACCUACUCAGCUACCGUCUCAGCCUCAGCCGUGUGCCAUUGGCAUGUGUGGUAAUCUACCACCUCAGCUACCGCCUCAGCCUCAGCCUCAGCCUCAGCCUCAGCUUCAGCCUCGGCCUCAGCCUCAGUCUCGGCCUUGGUCUCGGUCUCGGCCUCGGCUUCUUUCUCACCCUCGGCCUCAGUCUCAGAGGGAUAUAGUAAGGACGGUGACGGAUGAGUUUUUCGCUGACACGUGUGGUUAUCCACCACCUCAGCCUCAGCCUCAGACUCAGUGGGAUUCGAGGAACAUGUUAGAGCUGAUUCCUGAUGUCGGUGGUCAUCAACCACUUCAACCUCAACCUCCGGUCUGGACUUGGGAGGAGAACAAAGCCUUUGAGUCGGUUAUUACCAGUUGUUUUCAGGAUGCUAUCGACAACCGUUGGGAGGACGUUGCUGCUCGUCUCCCCGGCAGGACCCCGGCACAGCUGCAAGAGCACUUUCAGAAGCUGAUGAACGACAUCAAAGCCAUCCAUAACGGUCAUCAUACAAGCACUCCUCUCUCCAUCCCCAUCAUCAAUGCAACAACACCACCACCAUCACAGCCUUAUUCGACGGAUCAUCAUCACAGGGUGGAGGUCGUGCCAGCUGCAGAGGAGGAGGUCGUGCCAACUGCACAAGAGGAGGCAGCACCAACAAACACAGGAUAUCAUUGGACCGAAGAUGAACAUAGGUUAUUUAUUAAAGGGUACCAAGAAGAAGGUUCACAUUGGAAAAGAAUUUCAGAAUAUUAUGUAAAAACAAAAACUCCGAGUCAAAUUUCCAGUCAUGCUCAGAAACAUUUUUUACAUCAAGAAGAUUUGGCUAAAGGAAAAAAGCUAAGAAAAAGCAUUUUUGAUGUAAUUUGAUCAUCUUAAAUAAUUUUGGAAAAACAACAGCAGAUGUCACCUUGCUUUUCACAUGGACUGUAAGUGAAGCUUUUUUGUUGACUAUUUACUGUUACACUGUUGGUGUUUUAAUGUUUUAUCCUAUUCUUGGCCCUUGGGGUGCUUAAUGCAAACAAUUGAUGUAUGCAUUCAGAAUUCUGUUGGAGGACUUUCUGAGUUUAGUGGCGAUCAUUUUAAUUCAAAGAUGGUGAAUGACAAAGUUAUUCAUUGCAUCAGAUUGGAGCAGCUGUUGCAGCAACUCUGACUAUUGCUUCAGAUGCUCAACAAACCGUCACAUUUUCACUAGCAUGAGACUUCCCUGAAGUCAAGUUCCGGCAGGAAGGGUUUACAACAGGCGUUACACUAAAUUCUAUGGUACAAAUGGGGUUGCAGCUGCAAAGAUUGUGCAUGAUGCUAUUAUCGGGCACCGGCAAUGGGAGGCUCAGAUUGAUGACUGACAAAGACCAAUCCUUGAAGACAAGAGACUUUCGGAGUGGUACCCUACAACCCUUCUAAAUGAGCUUUACUAUCUGAAUUCUGGGUUCACCAUUUGGACAGGUAUUUCUCUAAAACUUGGGUUUUAUAUAUUAGCUAAUUAAGCCUUGUUUAUUUGCUUUAAACUUUUCAGACUCUGCAUGAUUAUGUGCUAUGAGGAAGAAGGUGGUAAUGCAGUGGGCAAUACAGAUCUAUGUGUUAUAUGCGCCCUUUAGCCAUAUAGGCAAUGAAGUGGGCAUUAUUGAGACCAAAUAAGCACAUGUGGCGCGAGAUUAAAGUUGAUGUGAAGAAAGGUGAUUUGUCUUUGUCAAGAUACCAUGCUGGUUUUUGCAAAUUUGCACGUCUUCUGAAGACAAAGAAUGAGAAAGAACCAAGAAGUCUAUGGCAGCUUAUAUACGAUUCUACUUGCAAGAGGAUGUUGUAGUCAAAGAUUAUUAGAUUUAAACUUGUACAAUGCACCAAAAAAAUGCAAUAAUGUAAAUGAAAAUAAUCUUUUGUAUUAAAAGAUAAAAUAUUUUAACCUUAUCAAACUUUUUUUUAUAGAAUUAUUUUGGAUGUUUUUUUUUAGA